GGUUCGGAAGAUAUUUACUGAUGGACUCUUUCCGUUACAGGAAGUUGCAGCAUGAAGAAGGAGCAAGUUGUCAACUGUCAGUUUUCGGUUUGGUAUCCGAUAUUCAAGAAACAUACGAUUAAAAGUCAGAUUCUGCCACUGCCUCAGAAUGUAAUAGACUAUUUACUGGACGAUGGGACACUGGUAGUCUCUGGGAGUGACCAUAGCACACAGCAGACACAUGCUAACAACAGCGACUGGAAUGCAGAGGAAGACGUUCAGUGGUCAGAUGAUGAGACAACCACCACUGUCACUGCCCCUGAGUUCCCAGAGUUCACUUCUAAAGUGCUGGAGGCCAUAAACGCCCUGGGUGGGAGUGUCUUUCCCAAACUCAACUGGAGCGCUCCACGGGAUGCUAACUGGAUUGCUCUGAACAGUUCCCUGCAGUGUCACAGCCUCAGUGAUAUAUUUCUGCUCUUCAAAAGUUCAGACUUCAUCACUCACGACCUCACGCAACCAUUCCUUUUGUGUAGUGACCAGGACUCCCCAGAUCCAGUCAUAAACUACGAGCUGGUCCUGAGAAAGUGGAGCGAGCUGAUUCCCGGUGGAGAGUUUCGCUGCUUCGUCAAAGAAAACAAACUGAUCGCUAUCUCCCCGAGAGACUACACUCAGUAUUACCAACACAUCUUGAAGCAGCAGGAGCAGAUCUGUCACGCCAUACAGGAUUUCUUCAGCCAGCACAUCCAGUACAACUUCCUGGACGAAGACUUUGUGUUUGAUGUCUACAGAGAUAGCCAGGGGAGGGUGUGGUUGGUAGACCUGAACCCGUUCGGAGAGGUGACAGACUCGCUGCUGUUCAGCUGGGAGGAGCUGACGUCCGGUGGGGAAAUCACCCAGCAGCAGGAACGCCCGGCGUUUCGCUACACCACAAGCGAGGUGACGGUGCAGCCCAGUCCCUGCCUGAGCUACAGAAUCCCACGUGACUUUGUUGACCUCUCAACUGGAGAAGACGCCUACAAACUCAUUGACUUUCUCAAACUGAAGAAAAGCCAACAGGAAGAUUCUGAGGAGGAGGAAGAGGAGGAGAGCGCUCCACGGCGACACGUUUCCUCUGAAACCUGAAGAAUAGCUGCUAGUGUCAACGGCCCUCCAUAUAGUGUUUUCUGUAUGAAGUCACUCUCUACCCCCUGUCCUGUAUGAGCUCAUUUUCUAUUUCAGCCUGUUUGCUUUCACACGCCUCUGUGAACAGUACGUGGUGUACCCGGGGUUUCCCAAACGGCUCUCUCGUGUUAGUCUAAUGGAACAUGUUAAAUUAGCAGAUCACGUUAACGGCUUUUUGAGAAUUAAUUUUCUGUUGAGUUGUUCUUUGCCUCUGUCUUGGUGAUCGUUAUGACUCGGUGAGACAGAGGGAGGCCUCUGCUGUGUUUUUCACUUUAGGGGGAUUUUUUUUUUUAUGGAGGGUUUCUGCGAGGGGAUGUAUUGACUAACACUGUAAAGCACGCCUGCUUUUAUACUUUAGUUAAUGUAUCUAUAUUGCAUCCCAAAUUGUGUCUCUUGAUGUAGAAUGAACUAGUCCGCACACACAUUUCAUUGUACCUCUGUGUUUGUGUGUUACGGGGCUGUGACAGACUUCUUUAUUUAACACUAAAGCCAUUCAUCACUGAGUCACCUUUAAUUUUUCUUCCAAGCUAUCCCUGCUCCUCCAUCUCUCCCUGCCAAUUUCCUCUAAGCAGUUUCGACACACUCAUCUUUCCGAGCCGCUCCAGGCGCUCUUUUUGAGUCCAGUUCUCCCAUCAUGCAUCGCUGUAGACUGUUGCUCCAGAAAACACCAUUAAACUUCUUGUCGUGUA